UCUCUCCACCGAGUUCAGAGCAUGGAAGCCCAGAUACUAGCAGACUUCAGAAAAGUGCAGCAGUAAGCGAAAGGACAGAAAGCAGGAUGCCGUUCUGUAAACGCAUUAUCGCUCCUAAGGACGUGUGUAAAAGCGCACUGAGGAGUAGCGGAGCGCCGUUUGCGGACUUGGCGGAUGUUUGCGGCUACAGCCUGUGCUCCAUCCUCAGACAGCUCUCAGACCUGUGCAGGCAGUCAGUCAGCAUCCUGGAGGAGCUGGAGGGAGAAAUUACCUUCAUCUGCCAUCGAUCCGGAACGUUAGAGAAGAAAGUUCUCGGCUUGCAAAGACACGUUUCUGCACUUGCAUCCAGUAAACCACCGCUCAGAACCACCACCAACUUGGACUCGGAGAGCAAGCGAACGGCCCACUUCCAAUCGUCAUGGCAACAGCAUGUGAAUGUGUUUGGCUCUUGGAGUAGGCCGGAGUGCGUGCAGGAGCUGCACCAAGAGGCUCAGCUCAACCUCCAGAGCCUGCUUCAAGACUUUGAGGAGCAGCUGUAUGAUAACAGGGUAACCGGACAAACGUUCCGGCACCCCUCCUCUCAGAGUUCAGAGGAUACCUCCACUACGCUCAGCCAGUCACCCUCCUCACACAACAAGAAGCCUGAGUUUGUCUUCCUGCCUGCGAACAAACAGGUCUGCGAGGAUGAGACAACGUCAUUAGGGAUCCGGGCCCAGGACCCGGCUGCUUGCGGCUCAGACCGCUCCCUUCUGGGCUGGAAUUCGUCAGUGGGGCCCCCUAUAGCGGAAAAACCCUGCUGGCACCUAAAUCGACACUCCUCUGCUCACCUUGUCCCCAUCGAUGUCACAGGCCAGAGCUUUGAUAAGCACGCCAGUGAACUCCAGGCCCCCUUUAAAACUGAAAAGGCGGUAAACCCAAAGACUGUUCGGCGACCAAGGAGUGUGAUUGCAGGCCCUGAUGUCACGCUUCACUGUCAAGGUGAUGGCAAGAUUCUUGCAGUUGAUUUGAUACAAGGUGCCUGUUCUCCUGACUUUUCCCAGCCCAGAUCUCUGGAGCCCACCACAGAGCAUACAGGCGAGCAGCACAUACCCUUACGCAAAACCCAGAGUGACCUUGAGCACAGCAUCCCCGUAUCCCCUAAAAUGGACCAUGCCACUCUAAUGUGCCCCAGUCCUUCUUGGAAUGGCCCAAAGGGUUCAACAUUUUCUCCAUCCUGGAAUGACUCCUACAACUAUGGUCUGACUCCAAAUCAGGUUGCCAAGCAUCCUUUGUCUAAACCUGGAAUGUUAUCACCAAAUACUGGUGGAGGGAACCUCAUCUGCCCUUCCCAGACCAUCUCUGGUAUGUCCAUAAGCUCCGGGUCACAUACCAGUUCCUUUACUUCUAUCUCAGAUCCUUCUGGACACACGGCACAUGGAGUGACACAUAACAAUGUAAUAUAUGUUAAGAAAAAUGAGACUGAUGGAUCAGCUCUCAAUCAAGGUACCGGUAAUGGCCUUAAUUGUGAACAAGAGAGGAGGUCAGCACGGUCCAACGCUUUCAUGUUCCGUGAGCGUUCCCUUUCAACUCCAACAGAUUCUUUAUCACUCUGCUCAACAGAUAACCUUUGUUGUCCAGUCGAGUCGGUGCCUGCGGUCCGAGAAGUUGAGAGCUAUGCCCUGCUCUACCCGAGCAACAGCUCUGAGGAUAAUACCAGCACUGACAAUGUCUCUGUAACAGCAGGGUCGGACUAUUUCCCACAGAGUCGACUCAGGUCACGAUCGCGGAGCAUUUCACUGAAGAAGCAAAAAAAGAAGCCACCACCUCCAGUACGCAGUGUGUCCUUAGUAAAGAAUUUGUCAGAGGCUGGUGGGAUUGGGCUUCACCAUCGUGAAGGACAUAUCAGAGAUGGGAGACCCAAGAGUCUUUACAUCCCUCGAGAUCAUAAUUUACAGGAUUCGUUUCAGCCCCAGUUCCUAAUGGCAGCCAGACCAGAUGAGGAUACACACAGCAGUCUGGAGACAGCAUCUGACAACACACCUCAAGCCCUUUACAGAGAAGGAGACCUGGCCUUUCCACCUCAUUGGCAGCUAAAUGAGUGGAAGUCCAAUAAUGACCCCUAUCGUUCCUUAUCAGGCUCCAGCACCGCCACAGGUACGACAGUGAUUGAAUGUAUUAAGGUUCGUGGAAGUACAGAGUCUCUUAAUUCACCGUCAACCUCUCGAGCCACUUCUCCUUCUCCACUUUCCAUUGAAGCUGAGACUAAGGUCUUUCCCUAUAGGCCUCCAUGUCUUAUGUCCCCCUCAAGUGGCUACUCUAGCCAGUCUGAAACGCCUACCCCAACUAUUGCAAACAAUGCAAUCACUGGACCCACCCCAGCAGGGUGUAAGAUGCGCCCAAAGAUCCCGGAGAGGAAGUCCUCACUUCCAGCCACAUCGCCUAAAGAGAAAGCUCGCUCUCGUCUAUCCUUCGAGCUACCUGUGAAUUCUCAGGUAGACUUGUCCUCUGUCAGACCCAAACCGAAAGCUAACCGAAGACACUCUGACACAUCAACUACCAACAAACCAGGAAAACCGGGUUCUAGUCAGUCAUCACAGCCCACAGUUACUACUACGGACCUUCGGAACAUCAGACUCCGUUCAGUGAGUCGCUCAGAACUUGAGGACAGUCCAGAUGGUUCCUCUGACAUCAUAGAGGAGGAGCAAGGACGUGAUAUAAGUCCUCCUGUCACCCCCUGUAGCUCUAAGCCACCCAAGCCACCAGUUGCAGUGAAGCCUCCACUUCCUAAACGACCCAUGAACUUGGUUCUGAAGUCUCCAACAUCUUCACCACAAGCUUAUGAAUCUCCACCAUCUUCCCCCGUGAACCGGCCCAUGCCUGUAGGAAAUAUCUACAUGGUGGUAAAGAAACCCAAACCUAAGAGGUCACCUCAAUCUUCAGCUAAUCCAUCUGCAGUCAGACCUCAAGAGAAGUCAAAUCAUCCACCCACUUAUCCUGAACUUGACUUAGAACAUGGGAUACCAAUUGAGGAAGACUUUAUGUUUCUUAGAAAUCCAGAAAUAGAAGACAAUACCUAUAAGACUUUUCCUAGUCCAAGUGCCAUUUUCUGUCCAGCAGAGUUCGACAAGAAGAAGCCCAAGGUGCCCCCACCAGUGCCCAAAAAGCCCAAUGUCCUUCUCUUACCUUCCCCUACCUCACAAGUUCCAAGUAAUGGUACAACAGAGAGGCAAGGUUUUCUACUGGACAGCGGUUCUCAAUCACCAUUAGGCCCACCACCAUCUGAAGCUGAGGAGGCAUCUUAUCAUGAAGAUGACCAGGAAACCCCUGUAGACAAGGAGAAUCAUGAAGGUACUAAAAGCCACGUACAACAUGAAAAUCAAGGACACGUGGAAGCACUUGAAAAUCAGCAAAGUUAUGGUGCACCUGAGGACAGCUUUCCUACGGAGACUGAAUAUAAUCAAGAUAAACAGGCUUUCCCUGCAGAAGUAGUAACAGAAACUCCACUGGAGGAAAAUUGUGCUGCCAGUGACAAGAUGGAACUCCACAUAUCUGAAGAGACAGAUGAUGAUGUGUUAGUGCAGACACCUUCAACCCAUACAACCGAGGACCUCUUCACCAUCAUACACAGAUCUAAGAGGAAAGUCCUAGGUCGUAAGGAGCCGGUUGACUCGUUCGGUAGCCGCCAAAACCUUGUGUCCCCUGUAAAAAGCAGCGGCAGUGACAUUCGAACACUGACCCUCGGCAGCACUCCGAGAUCAAGCUCCAGAAACGAAAACUUUAUGGCUCUUCUCCAGAAGAAGAGCAACAAGUCAAGCAGUGGAACCCGGGUCUCUGCCAUGGAACUGCUAAAGAGCACAAACCCUCUCGCUCGUCGUGUCACUGAGUUUACUCAGUCUGACUCAGAUGCUUAGACCGAACCAUCUAAAACGACUCUACCUGACCAGUGAUACAUCCAAUAGUGAACCGAACGCAGGGUCCAGUGAUGACUUUUCCACUUAGCGCUCUACUCAGAAUAUCAAUGGCCUCAUUUCACAGGAUGGCAAAAGAUCUGUAGUAAAGUGCUUUUGAGUUUUAAA